AUGUCUGGAUACGGAAACAACGACUCCUACGGCUCCAAUCGAGACCGUGAUAACGAUUACGGUUCCAACACCAAGAGUGGCUAUGGAGGCACGAACACUACAUCCUCGACUGGAUACGGUUCGGGUGGACGUGACAAUGACUCGAGCAAUACGUAUGGUGGCUCCAAGAACACGACAACAUCGGGUGGCUAUGGAGCCUCGAACAAGGACAACACUUAUGGCUCCUCAAAUACGUCGGGGGGAUACGGAUCGUCCAACCGUAAUGAUGACUCCGACAAUACCUACGGAGCCUCGAAGACAUCUGGCGGAUACGGAUCUUCAAACCGCGACGAUGACAACUCUUAUGGAUCCAACCGCGACAAGGAUAAUACCUAUGGCUCGUCCAACACCGGAACUGGAGGCUAUGGGUCUUCGAACCGAGAUAAAGACGAUAGCUAUGGCUCUUCAACUCGUGACACCGGAAACACCUACGGUUCCUCGAACACGACCGGUGGAUAUGGAUCCUCUAAUCGUGACGAGGAUUCCAGCAAUACCUAUGGGUCGUCCAACCGCGAUACGUCGACCAACACAUAUGGUUCUUCGAAUAAAUCCGGAGGAUACGGAUCCUCCAACCGCGACGAAGAUUCCAGCAACACCUAUGGGUCGUCCAAUCGCGAUACAUCGACCAACACAUACGGUUCUUCGAAUACGUCUGGUGGAUACGGAUCGUCCAACCGUAACGACGAUUCCGACAAUACCUACGGAGCCUCGAAGACAUCUGGUGGAUACGGAUCUUCAAACCGCGACAAUGACAACUCUUAUGGAUCCAACCGCGACAAGGAUAAUACCUAUGGCUCGUCCAACACCGGAACUGGAGGCUAUGGGUCUUCGAACCGGGAUAACGACGAUAGUUAUGGCUCUUCGACUCGCAAUGACAACUCCUAUGGCUCCUCGAAUCGCAACAGAGACGACGAUGACUCGUAUGGAAGCAACAAGCCCGGCGUAGGUGAUAAAAUCAAGGGCACGGCACAGCAAGUCGCCGGCAAGAUUACGAAUAAUUCAGAACGCGAGCAGGCUGGAAGAGAUCGCAAGACCGGCAAUAACUACGGAAGCUCCGGCGACAACGAUUAUUGA